ACAAGUACAAAUUUCGCAACAAUCACCAUUACAACCAAACAAUCCACCAAAGACACUAGCAACACCACAGCACCUGUCCAGGACACUCAACAACAGCUCCCAACAGCCUUAACGACACUCUCAACAGCACCUACAGAAAAAAGUACAAACGAUCUUGAGAUUGCCAUCUCAACAUCUGCGACAUCUGAAAAGCAGAAAAGCCCCUCAUCACUUACAGUAAGCAACCCAAACAACAGUUCUAGCGGCCCUCUCAGCGUUUGUGGCAGCAAAAGAACAGCCACUGAAAUCUCCACAGCCUUUUUUUCUGCUGACAACGACCAUUUACUUCUUUCCACCAUGGGAAAAACGACGGUAACUAGAAAAUCCAAUAACAAAAAAAUCAAGCCCAUCUCCGCUCCUGUCCCCUCUGACUCUACUGUCUCACCAACCACCGAGCCAGUAGAAAUGCAGCUAGAACGCAACCCGGAUGUGCUCAACACUCCUACUCUAUUUGGGGAAACCACCCCCAUUGGUAGUAGUACACCAAUCAUCGUUCCACCUAAUGCACCAGAGUACAUUACGGCUCUGUUCAACAUGAUUCAGGCGCAAAGCUCUCGCCUGACUCAAUUGGAGGCUCUAGUAGCUGAAAACGCCCUUCUCAAGGCUGAGAAUGACCAACUCCGUAAGCAAUUACAACAGCUUCAGCGUUCUCCUACCUUCAACAACGACGUUGAUAUGGCUGAAACUAGCGAUCCAUCUCGUGCUCCAGGUGAUUUUACUUUCAAAAUCCCUACCAACACACCUAUGGGUACAAAGUCCUCCCCUUCGCAUAUCCUAGUUAGGACACCACAAGGAUCACAGGCAUCGAAAUAUGCCAAUGAUGACACACCCAGCACUACUAGCACUCCUCUGCCUCCCCCUCAAAUGUCCCCUUAUCAAGCUGCAGCUCAUCGUGGUAUUAAAGCCAACAGCAAUAAGCUCGCUCCACCCAAGGUCACUACUGCUGCUCGAAGAGCUGCUGUACGCCUGUUCCAACCUGCAUCAUCAAAUCCAGGUUACCAAUACAUUCACCUUCCCUGCCGUGUUCGCCAUAAGUUGAAAGAAUUACGUGCUAAACUUGCUGCCAUACACAUCAACCCAUCGCGCAUCCUGGAUAUCCAAUAUCCAGCUAAACAAACCGUCAGCCUAUUGGUGCACAACGAUUAUGCACCUAUCGUUAAACAACGUCUCACCAAAGCCAAGGUUCCUAUUCUUGCAGACUUUGAUCCCUUAUCUGGUACUAUCCUCCAUAAUACCGAACUAGCCGCUCUCCCAGAGGCAGAAAAACAAGCCAAAGCUCGUGAGUUCCAUACCCUCCGUUGCCUCAGAGCCCUGGAUUUCAUUCGCACUCCAGUAGCCUACGCUGUAGCCAAGACCUUCUUGAUCAACACCUGGAUCACUCAAGAACAUAUAGACCAAUUACGAAAGGGCAUCCCUUUCUUCCCUUCUUCAUCGAAAGAUUCCCAGCAAUCCCAAACCUCACAACCACCCAGCACACAACUUGACGACGAUACUCACAUCAAUGAACUAGCCAUUGAUGAUGUUGAUAUGACUCAACAGUCGACCACCACUGAUACGACUUCUCCUUCAGGUGCUGGUGAACCUGCAUCCCAACAAUAAUGAGUAGUCGAUCACUGACUAUCUCAUGUUGGAAUGCUAAUGGCAUUGCCAAACACACUAUAUCUUUGAUUACAGAUCCACUUAUGCAUUCU